GCAGGCUGUCCCCAUGCUGUCCCGGGGAGGCUGAGUGUCCCCGGCCAAGGCGCCGUGUCCUCCCCUGCCCCUGCCACCCCCGGGGAGGCCCCAAGGCCGGCGGUGACCUCUGUCCCCGGCCAAGGCUGGCUGCUGGUGCCCAUGUCAUCACGUGGAGCGGGCACCAGCGGGGCCACCGGAGCCACCCGAGCCGAGCUGGGAGCUGGGAGCAGCCGCAGCGCUGGACGGUGGGAUGGAUGGACGGACGGACAGCAGCAGCAUGUGGCUGGGAGCCCCCCUGGAGCAGCUGCCCACCCCAGCGUUGACCCUGGACCAGGCAACAGUGCGACGCAAUGCCGAGCGCAUGCAGGAGCGCUGCCGGGCCCUUGGCCUCCGCCUGCGCCCCCAUGUCAAAACCCACAAGACACUAGAAGGUGCCGAGCUGGCAACAGGUGGCACCCGCCGAGGCAUCGUGGUCUCCACCUUGGCCGAAGCCCGGUUUUUCGCGGCGGGGGGCUUCGAUGACAUCCUCUACGCCUACCCGCUGCCAGGGGGGCGGCUGGAGGAGUGUGCCGCCCUGGCCCAGCGCCUCCAGGCCUUCCAGCUCCUCCUCGACAGCCCCCAGGCCCUGGCCCUCCUGCGCCAGCACCCACUGCCCCCCGGCAAGCGCUGGCUCGUCUGGCUGAAGCUCGACUGCGGGAAUGGCAGGGCCGGCGUGCGGCCCACGGACCCCGCUGCCAUGGCGCUGGCACGGGCCAUCGCCCAGGACGCUCCAGAGGAGGUGACACUGGUGGGGGUCUACGCUCACUGUGGGGACACCUACGGCUGCCGUGAUGUCCCAGCCAUCCAAUCCAUCGCCCGGGCCACCACCACCGCUGUUCUCGACUUCGUCACCGCGCUGCGGCAGGCAGGGGUGUCAUGUCCCCAGGCCACCAUCGGCUCCACACCGUCCUGCAGCCACCCGGUGCCGGAGAUGGCCCAGCUCACCGAGCUCCACCCGGGCAACUACCUCUUCUAUGACCUUCAGCAGACCCUGCUGGGUUCCUGUCACCUGGAGGAGGUGGCCAUCCGUGUCCUCACCAGGGUCAUCGGUCACUACCCGCACCGCAACCAGCUGCUGGUGGACUGUGGGUGGGCGGCCCUCAGCCUCCACGGCCGCGACCAGGUGCCCAUGGGCUGCGCCGCCAUCGAGGGGCACCCCCAGCUCAGGCUGGUGGGACUGACGCAGGAGCACGGCCAGGUGGAAGCCAUCAAUGGACAGUUGGAUUUUGAGCGCUUCCCGCUGGGCAGCGUCUUGGCUCUCAUCCCCUUCCAUGCCUGUGCCACCGCCGCCAUGCACCCCGUCUACUACGUCCACGCCGUGGGGAAGGUGGUGGAGCUCUGGCACCCUGUCCGCGGCUGGUAGGGAGGAGAGCGGGGAGCUGUCGGGGUGCUGCGCCCACACCGAGACCCUGCGCCUGUGCCAAGACCCUGUGUCCAUGCUAGGGUGCUGCACCCACUCCGAGGCCAUGCAACCACGCUGGGGUGCUGUGCCCACGCCAAGGUCCUGUGCCUGCACCGAGGUCUUGCACCUAUGCCAAGACCCUCCACCUGUGCUGGGGUGCCGCACCCACUCAGAGACUCUGCACCCACGCCAAGACUGUGCAGCCAUGCUGGGGUCCUGCACCCAUGCUGAGGCCAUGCACCCACGCUAGGGUCCUGCACCCAUGUCAGGGUGCUGCACCCACACCGCGGUCCUGCAUCCAUGCCAGGGUGCUGCACCCAUAUGGAGACCCUGCACCCAUGCCAGGGUGUUGGACCCAUGCUAAGACCCUGCAACCACACUGGACCUGCAUCCAGGUGGGGUGCUGUACCCCACGAACCCCUGCACCCAUACCAGGGUGCUGUGCUCACACCGAGGCAUCGCUCCCACGCUGGGGUGCUGCACCUGUGCCAGGGUCCAGCACCCACGCCAGGACUGCGCAGCCACGCUGGGUCCAGCACCCAUGUGGAGACCCUGCAACCACACCGGGCCAGCACCCACCUGGAGUGCUGCCCCCGCACCCCUGCAGGGUGCUGCACCCAUCCCGGAGCCAAUAAAGCUGCUUCUCCCA